UUUGUUUUCCCAGCAAUGGCGUUAUUCCCAGUGAUCCUGUUCCUGGUUACUGCUCUUCUGCUUCCAUCUUUCCCUGUAAAAGGGGAUCAGAAUGAAGCAUUUGCUGCUUUGUCAACUGCCCUACCAGAAGUCCAAGAGGAGAUUGUCAAUAAACACAAUGAGCUAAGGAGAGCAGUCUCUCCAAGUGCCAGUGACAUGCUAAAGAUGGAAUGGAGCAGUGAAGCCGCAGAGAAGGCCCAAGGCUGGGCAGACCAGUGCAGUUACCGGCACAGUGAAACCGAGUACCGAGCGCUCAAUGUAAGCUGUGGUGAGAACCUCUUCAUGUCGAGUGCUCCCUAUUCAUGGUCAUCUGCAAUCCAACUGUGGUAUGAUGAGGAGGAAAAUUUUAUUUUCAAUGUAGGACCAAAGACAUCCAGUGCAGUAAUUGGACACUAUACUCAGGUUGUUUGGUACUCCUCUUUCCGUGUCGGAUGUGGAAUUUCCCACUGUCCUAGCAACCCAGCUUUAGGAUACUUCAUGGUUUGCCAUUAUUGCCCUGCUGGCAAUAAUGUGAGAAGACUAUAUACCCCUUACAAGCAAGGAGCCCCUUGUGCCAGUUGCCCUGGCCACUGUGAGGACGGACUUUGCACCAAUGGUUGUGAUUAUGAAGAUAAAUAUUCCAACUGUGAGGAUUUGAAAAAAGCAGUGACCUGUAAUCAUCCAGUGGUCAAGAACCAUUGCCAAGCAUGCUGUAAUUGUGAAGACAAAAUUCAUUAA